AUGCCGAUAUUUCAGGAUCCAGAGGCCCAGGGACGGGAGUAUAGCUGCUGGCCUCCCGCUCUCCCCCUACGCCGUCCUGUAACACCGCAGCAGCACCAGCAACAACAUGAACAAACAGAUAUAGCAGAAAUAGCAGAAGAGGACGAAGAAGAAGACAAGAUGAUGCUAGAUCAGUCUUCUCUCGACCAGAUCAUGGAGACACCCUGCCAUGGGCCCCAGACGAGCAGCCGUGAGGAGCUCAUCCGCAGAAUCAAGGACGGCCAAAGCCCUACCUGGAUCCCCAACCGUGCUCUCGAAGAAUACUUUGCUACGCAUGGAGACUCUCCACAUGAGAGACUCGAGGAGAAGAAGCGGAAUGGCUCGCCGCUGCUGCCGUCAGUAGAGCUUGAACGGUCUCCGGAACAAGAGGCUCCCAGCUACAGGUCCUGCGGCUCUCCCGUCAGCAUUGAGCGGCCCAGGUCAGCUCUUCAUUCAGGGGACUUCCGUGAAGGGUCCCCCAAACUGCUGGGGAUCGAGCAGCUGGCUCAGCCGUCUUCUUCCAUUGCCUCUUCUCCAUCCUACCAGGAGCCAGGGUGCGUAGACUCAAACGUCGAGCACUCUCCUGCACCAACAGACCCCUUUGCCAGUUUCAACUUCAACCACCGUCAGGCCCUGGCCUCUCUCACGGGGAGAUCCAGGGCCCCUUCUCUCGGCUCUGUGCCGUCAAGUUACGUCCUCAAGGCUCCCACCAGCCCACUGGUCAUCCAAGCAAACAAUCCGGACCUGGACUUCUCCGUCAAGGAUGAACAUAUGGAUGUAUGUUCAACCAGCUCGGAAAAGGCCAGCAGGCGCCGGACUCUGCCACCAGAGACGUUUCGGAAUUUUCCUUCUUCUUCCUCUCCCUCUUCAUCUUACUGCUACCAGGCUCACCAGCCCAGAAGGUCUAUCACUUCCAUGCGGAGCUUGCAGAUGGCCUCGUCCCCGCAGGGAGCAGGCCACGAUUUUCUUCGCCCCAGACGCCCCUCUCAGUCCGCAGAGGCAUCUCCCUUGCACCAUGCGUCCAUGGUUGGAUCAUUUGAAGAAUCCAUCUUGAGAGGAAGAAUGUCUACCAAUCCAUCCAAACCACUAGACUUCACCGCUGAAAUAGGAGUCCUGGGAAAGGGUAAUUGCAAGUCUAACUUGAGAUGUCCGCCACACGUCAUGGUCCCCUUUCCAGCUGUCUUUUACAGCUAUUCAGGCUCGGCCAGCGGUAAGAACAUAGCAGACGACAGUCCAAGCCCAUAUGUCGGCUUUAUCGAUCUUGAGAACUCUCUACCGGCUGAAAGCAGGCCUGUCACCAAAAAGCCAAAGAAACAAGUUGCUCCCCGGAAGUGUCCAUGCCAUCCUCCUGAAGAGAUCCAUCCUUCGGAUCUAUCCCUCUCGCCACGGGGUGAGCUCCGAGCCCGAGAAAAGCGAUCUCGCCGCUCACAGUCCCCAAAGUCGCCGCCAGGAGGCUGCUAUCGUAUCCCACAGCAGGGACAGCUACAGAUCAUCAUAAAGAACCCAAACAAGACGGCCGUUAAACUUUUUCUUGUACCGUAUGAUCUCGAAGGCAUGGAACCAGGAACCAAAACUUUCAUCAGACAACGAAGCUAUUCUACCGGCCCAGCCGUUGACAUACCACAGGCCAACGCUGCCACACCUGAUCCCCAGGAUAAGCCUGUGCUUCGCUACCUGAUACACAUUAACGUCUGUUGCCCUUCCAGAGGCCGUUUCUACCUAUACUCCGGCAUCCGCGCAGUGUUCGCAAACCGGGUGCCAGACGGUAAAGAGAAGCUACGUAACGAACUACAAUACCCCGAGCCACGAUUCAGUACGUACAAGCUAUCCAAGGAAUCCGCCAGGUUCGCUGCCGAAAAGGCCCAACAGCAUCGUCGUCGUAGUUCUGGCAUCAGAUUAGGCGGCCGGGACAGGGAGCAGAUCGUCCCAUCUUCUUCACCAUCGUCAUCAUUUACUUCCCGACCACUCCAGCCUACUUCUGCGUUUCAACAACAUCCUCCGUCCCUUCACGGUCAGAUGUCUGACCCCCUGGACAUCCGUGGUCAUGGCCAUUCAAGGGACCAGGAGAAUUCUUUCACGAGUCCGCUAUACAUGCCUCCUACAGCCUGGCGUAUGCGACCUACCGCAGCCAUGUUAGAUGCGUUCGACGGCAUAUCAGAUGGCCCUUCAACGUCUCCUCGAUCUAAGACAACUUCAUUCACACCCUUCGCACCACCUCCGGUACAGGACAUCCAGCAGCAACAGCAACAACCUCGUCAAGAACAAUCUAUACCCUUACAAUCCAUGCAAAACCUCCAGCUACCGCCUCUAUCAAACUCUAGGCCCUCCAGCAGAUCGUCCAAUACCGAAAGCCUGCUAUCCCUCAAACUACGAGAUCUGAAUGAAUCGUCUCCCUCGCCCCCAUAG